AUCGAAAAAAUGUUGAUGAUCACAAACAAACAUAUGAUGGUAUUAAACGCAAACAUGACCAACAAGCACAAAAUAUUCAACGUCAAAUAGAUUUAAAAGCAAGCACUGGUCAACAAAUCACAAGUGCCGUUAUGAUCAUCUAA